GCAGGGCCUGCUGGUCGUUGCGGAAUAGUAACGCAACUUGACUGCAAUGUUUGGCUGCGCCUACAAAUCCAACGCACCAACACACCGCGCGCGUCCUCAUCCUCACUUCAGGUCUGCAGCCCCCAACUACCCCCAGCCUCGGAAGGAACCUUCCAGAAGCGCAAGACUCUAAAGGCCGUCGCCUUCCCAUUCUUCCUCGCCGCGGGGGUCGCCUGAGGUAUGAUGCCUAACAAAACCUUCAAGGAUUCCUGGGGCUUGUUCGCCUCACUCUGAUGUUGUUGCUUCGUAUAACCUGGUCUCCGAAAUCCGAAUACCCCGUAGCAGCUGCGGUUGGAUCUCAGAUCGGUGCUGCGGUCCCUCUUUUAAUUUGUUUCCCCUCCGCUUCCGUUAGCGCCGACUGAUCGUCGAGUCAGAUCUUACACCCUAUAUAUAGUCUCAUCUAGCCGUCACUAGUGAGACUCGAUUUGAUUCGUUCCACUGGAUUAAGCGCUUUGAGCGCGCUAGAUACGUGUCAUAUCACAUAAACAAUGGUGAAGGCUGUUGCUGUGCUUGGUAGCAGCGAUGGUGUCAAGGGCACCAUCUUUUUCACCCAAGAGGGAGAUGGCCCUACCGCUGUCACCGGAAGUGUCUCUGGCCUCAAGCCUGGCCUCCAUGGGUUCCAUGUACAUGCACUUGGUGACACCACCAAUGGAUGCAUGUCAACUGGACCACACUACAAUCCUGCGAGCAAGGAGCAUGGGGCACCAGAAGAUGAGAACCGCCAUGCUGGUGAUCUUGGAAACGUGACAGCUGGAGCAGAUGGUGUUGCUAAUAUCAAUGUCACCGACAGCCAGAUCCCACUGACUGGGCCAAACUCAAUCAUUGGCAGAGCUGUUGUUGUUCACGCUGAUCCUGAUGAUCUUGGAAAGGGUGGGCACGAGCUCAGCAAGAGCACUGGAAACGCCGGUGGCCGUGUUGCUUGUGGGAUCAUUGGACUCCAGGGCUGAAAACGAUCGCCGGACUUGGGGGUGCCUGAGAGGUCCGUCUCCUGCCGUCCCCAGCAGACGAGCCUGAACAUUCGGAGACAUCGUGAAAUAAGAGCGUCGCUGAUCUGUGAUCAUCGUAUUUGUCAUUAUGCACCUGUAGCAACCGAUGGACUGAACUGUGCUGGAUUAUGCUGUUGGAUCACCUGAGUAUGUGUUACAUGUCGGUUUUGAUGUGACAUCCUAUCGUUUCGAUGUGUUUUGUGGAAGUGUUGUUGCAAGAUUUCAACAGUCACGACUUGGUUUUGAUAUGCAGUCAGCAGCAGCUCCUGAGUUGUGAUUGCUCAGCUGCGGUCCUUUUCUUUU